AUGAACAAGGACGGUACUAUAGACUUUGGUAAACUAGAAAAGCAACUGCUUGUAGCUGUCGACGAGGACGCGAGAUAUCGGCGAGAAAAUGAUGCUAAGUUCCGAGCUGUGGCCCAAAAUGUUGCUUCGUAUGAAGAAUUCAAAGAUAUUGUCGCUGCUUCACAUUUGAAACCAUUGGACAAGAAAGAUACUGAAGGUAUAAUUGUAGGUUGUAUGGCUGUUGAAUGUGUGGAAAUUAUGUAGUUUUAAUUGUGUGUUGGUAUUGUGGAGUAAACACCCCCCUCCCUAGAAAAUUGACACCCCUCCCCCCUAGAACAUUGGAACCACACUUGUCUUACCAGCUGGGAGAUCCGGGUUCAAUCCUUUGUCGGACCUCUACUCAAAUGGGUUUAAUAAUUCCUUGCAAUUUUUCAGGUUUACACAACAGAAAACAACCAUGGAAUCCAUAUGCAGGAAAAUCCAGUGAGAAAACAGCAUCUCCCAAAGACAACAUUCUCUCGGGAGAUUUAAACGUUCCUAGAAACAGUCACGAGUUCCAAAAAUAUUGGAGAAAAUGCCAAAAAGACAAAGUUAAAAAGUAUCAAUAUCUUAUCACUAUAGGAGGUCCAACAUUAGCUGAAAUUUUCCAAGCAGAAAUUUCAAUGGCUUUGCUUGGUGAAAUUGUUGACAUCUUCAAUGAGAAUUGGAAAGCAGAUGAUUUUUCUAAGAUUUAUGACAUUCUACAUGGCCUGGCUACCGUAAAACGAUUUAGUUUGUCUUUGCAGUUUCUGAGUGGUCGGGAAAAGAAGGUGUUGAUUGAACUAUUUCAAAAGUUGAAUGAGGUUAUUGUUGAACGACAGAGAGGGGAUUGUGUACAUGUGGAAUGUCUUGGGACACUUGAAAAAAGUUAUGGAGUAACAGUUGAAAUGAGAGACCAAGUAUAA